AUGGACUCAGUACUCAGCUCAGGGACCUCGGGCGGGACACCCGCGCUGGGGGCGGUGGUGUUGGCGGAGCUGGUGGACAGUGAGCCCGGGGGCCGGCGCUGCCUGCUGGGACCUCCAGCAGAGCCCAGCCCUGGGCAGUACCUGCUGGAUGCCGGAUGCCGGCUCUCCCCUCGGAGGCGGUCCCCACCCUCGUCCCAGGUUUUCAGUUGGCAGGAAGGGCCCCGGCGCGGGAGCUCCUUGGAUGGCCGGGCGCUGAUCCAGCCUGCAUCUGUGGGCAGGUGUGCCAGGGCUGGGUGGCGCUGCCAGUGGGCAGAGCUGGCCCUGUGGACCGUGGGGGGAGAUGGGGACAGUUGUAGGGGACUUUCCUGCCCGGAGCCUGGUGCCAGCCUUCGGGGGGACGGGGGGGGCGGGUGCCCCAUCCCACCUGGCGCUCUGCUGCCUCCCCAGGUGAUCGGGCUGCUGGACGUGUUCACUCCAGAUGAGACCCUGGAUGACUUCACAGACUUUUACCUGGUCAUGCCGUUCAUGGGCACAGACCUGGGCAAGCUCAUGAAGCACGAGACACUGAGCGAGGACCGCAUCCAGUUCCUCGUCUACCAGAUGCUGAAGGGGCUGAAGUAUAUUCACGCGGCCGGCGUCAUUCACAGGGACCUGAAGCCCGGCAACCUGGCAGUGAACGAGGACUGUGAGCUGAAGGUGUGUGUGGGGUUGGGGCUCAGGCUCCUCCCACCUGCCCAUCUGCCUGCGACGCCGCCCUCUGCCCCCAGACCAGAGGAAGGCUGGCCCCCCCAGGCGGAGGGCUCAGCCCUGAGGCAGUGGCCAAGCAGUCCUGCUGGGGGCGGGGUGGGAGCCCUGCUCUUUGGCCCACGCGGUGCUCCUGAGCUCGGCCGAGACCUGGACCAGCUGAAGGAGAUCUUGAAGGUGACAGGCACACCACCUGAUGAGUUUGUCCAGAGGCUGCAGAGCACGGAUGCGAAGAACUACAUGAAGGGCCUCCCCGAGUUGGAGAAGAAGGAUUUUGCCUCCAUUCUGACCAAUGCAAGCCCUCUGGCGGUGAACCUCCUGGAGAAAAUGCUGGUGCUAGACGCAGAGCAGCGGGUGACGGCGGCCGAGGCUCUGACCCACCCGUACUUCGAGUCGCUGCACGACACGGAGGAGGAGCCCCGGGCCCAGAAGUACGACGAGUCCUUUGAUGAUGUGGACCGCACCCUGGACGAGUGGAAGCGUGACACGUAUAAAGAGGUGCUCAGCUUCAGGCCUCCCCGGCAGCUGGGGGCCAAGUCCUCCAAGGAGACGGCCCUGUGAAGACCCCUGGGCCCUGAGGGGGUGGUGGGACGUUUUGGGGACCCUGGCUGGCACUUCCACCUGGGAGGGGGGAGCCCUGUGGACCUUGGCUGGAGC